AUGGCCAAUCAUCUUAUAGCUCCCAACCCUCGCUUCUUCACUGAACUUGCGGCAAUGUACGUGGCAGACACCAAACAGUCACGCCUUCAUCCCCGGUUCAUCCAAGAGUGUGUGACUCUUCCUGCCCUCCGCUCGCGCUGGAGGGACAAAGGUACUAUCUCCGCUGAAGCCGAGUCCAAGAUUGCCUGGGACACAUUGGGUCGCGCCAUGCAAUCUCCUCCUGCAGGACUACAAAGGUGGUCUACUAAACAUUGUGUGGGCAUGUGCGGCACAGGCAAAUUUCAAGUUCUAUGGGGUCUGGAGACAUCAGCAGCUUGCCCACGCUGCGGCAACUUCGAGGAUGUUCCCCGCUGCCGCGCCGCUUUGGCCACGGCUGAAUGGGAUCGCUGCACUGCAGCCUUCUCCGCGUGGCUUGACCUGCAACUGACGGGCCCUUCCAUUAAAACAGCGAUCCUACAGCUUCUUCAGGGCGUUCUAACACCUCCUUCAUUUCCUCCAAGGACCAUCUCCUCUUCGGUUUGGCCGGCCUUCUUGGCUCAGCAAGUGAUUGGGUCCCAAGGCCUUUUGGAAGGACGCAUCGCCUCGUCUUGGCUUCCACUCCAACAACAACAUUAUGACAAGAUAAGAUGUCGACGAUCUGUCUCUCUUUGGGCGUCCCGCCUCUCACAACAGCUGAUCUCGAUCGGCUUCUACAUGUGGGAGCAACAGAACUCCAUUCAACAUUCGGAUGAUAACGUACAAUUACGUGAACGUCACAGUAUUGUCAAUGAGGGGAUUCACUCACAGUUUGAUAUGGGUCCCGAUGACUUGCCUAAGGAAAUGCGACCAAUGCUAACAAGUCGUCGACGAGUCCUUUGCAAGCCCUUGGUCGUAGACAAGGAAGAGUGGCUUAAGUUGCUUCGUCAGGAACAAAGAGAUUUCCGUCGCUCCAUGAAAGCACAACGCCGCAGUCUGCGGACUAUUUUCUCCUUUGGACCCUGA